CUUCACACCUUACUGAGAUAUACGUGUAGUUGCACAAUACUGUGCUCACAUAUCACUACUGUUUGCCGUUGCUGCUCCUUAUUCACUUGGUAAAUUUUCGAUUUUUUUCCCUAUAUAGUCUGGAGAGAGAGGAGGUGGUGGUCCAGUUGAGUCUAUGGCUGACCGACUUUGAGAGAAACGUGUUAGAUAAGGAGAGAGAGAGAGGGAGAGAGGCAAUAUUCUCUCAAGCUUUCAUUUUUUUCCUUCUUUGGUGUUCUUUUUCUGGGUGUUAGAACAAAGUGGCGAAGAUCUUCGAUUUAUAGAGUGGGGAACUAGGUCCAAUUGGUUCCCUCUUUUUUUCCCUCUCUUUUUGGUUCUUCUGGGAAGUGGCUGGAAAUCUAGUGAGAUUUAUUGGGUUGUGUUCAUCAGCAAAGGUUUUGUUAUUUUGUUUCUAUUUUUGGGGUUGUACUGUUGUAGCUUUUUGGGUGGUUCUUCUGGGUGUAAGUAGUUUAGGACAUACCCAGUUGCUUGAAAUUCAGUUGCAAAUGAUGGCUGAAGAUGGGCUCACACUUCCCUCUUCCAUCAGAGGUUUUGUUCAAGAACCAAAUUCAAACCCUAACCCUAACCCUAGUGCAAAUCCAGUGAAGAAGAAGAGAAAUUUACCAGGAACGCCAGAUCCAGAAGCAGAAGUCAUCGCUCUAUCACCAAAAUCACUCAUGGCCACGAACCGAUUCAUCUGUGAAAUCUGCAACAAGGGUUUCCAGAGAGACCAGAACUUGCAGCUUCACAGGCGAGGCCACAAUCUUCCAUGGAAGCUCCGGCAAAGAACAAGCAAGGAGGUCCGGAAGAAGGUGUACAUAUGCCCGGAAAAGUCCUGUGUGCACCACAAUCCAACCAGGGCCCUAGGAGACCUCACCGGAAUAAAGAAGCAUUACAGUAGAAAACACGGUGAGAAGAAGUGGAAGUGCGAGAAAUGUUCCAAGAAAUAUGCAGUUCAGUCAGAUUGGAAAGCUCAUAGUAAAAUUUGUGGCACCAGAGAGUACAAAUGCGACUGUGGAACUCUCUUCUCCAGGAAGGACAGCUUCAUCACCCACAGGGCCUUCUGUGAUGCUUUAGCUGAGGAAAGUGCCAGGCUCACUUCAGUUUCAGCACCGAAUCCAAUCUUCAGAAAUGAGUUGAUGAAUGGGAGCAUUAGUAACCCACAAGCCCACAUAAUCCCCCAAUUUUCCUCAGUUUUUCGACCUGAAUUUGUGGGCUCGGAGCAGCUGGUUGGGCAUCUCAAUGCAGAUGGGCAGAAACCAAGGUUGCCACUGUGGCUGGACCAUUCCAAUUCCCACCUCAACAACCCCAUUGGGGUUAACACUAAUGGUUCCUUUUUGGCACCGACAUCCGCUGGGUUGCCUGAAAUGGUGCAAACAGCGCCCAUGAGUAUGUAUGGAUCACCGGCAUCAUCACAGAAUCAGUGGCUCCAAAGGUGUUCAGAAGCGUCAUUUACUUCAUCCACAUUGCCACGGGUGUUAAAGGAGGAGGAAGAGAACAAAGGAAAUUUGUCUGAGAGCAUAACUUCCUUGUUCUCAAGUAAUCAGAAUCAACAAGAAAGCUCGGCUCACAUGUCAGCAACCGCACUCUUGCAGAAAGCUGCCCAAAUGGGGUCUACAAAGAGCAACUCAGCCUUCUUCGGUAAUACAGGAUUCGGUUCCAUCAACUCAUCCCUCUCCAAUGCUACGCCCUUCAGCUCUUAUCCCCAUGGCAGAAGCAACAACCAAGUCCACAAGUUUCUUAUCAGGCAGUCAAACCAAUCCGACAGCAUGAACCAACUCAUCAACUCAACAUCACCCUCCUCCACCAUGGGAGAUGGACUGCUGAUGGGUGAUAUGAACUCAACCCCAUUAGUGGACACUGCCAAGAACAACAUGGACCAUUUUCUGAUGGUCCCAUCAAAUCCCAAGCAAACCCAACAGAUUGCUGGGAAGUUCCAUGCAAGUUCCAAUGAAGUUGAACGCGGUCUAACCAGAGAUUUUCUGGGUGUGGGAAGUGAUGCAAGCAGACCCUUCUUGCAACAAGAGCUGGCUAAGUUUGCUUCAAUGGGUUCAGCCAUGGGCAUGAGCCAAUACAGUGGAAACCACUGAACCACAUAGAUAUAUAUUGUAAGAGACUCUCCUUGUAUUCCAAUCAUAAACUAUGAAAACUAGCUAGUUUAAGAUCAGCAACAUACACUUAGAAUCAAAAUCAGAAUCAAACCCUUUGUAUUGGUGAAAACAACACCGGAGGGAAAGAGAGAGAAAAGCGACUUUGCAAUUGCAGGGGAUCGGGAGAGGGAGAGAGAGUGAGAGCCGAGUUCUGCAUGUGAGUAAUUUUCUUACUUUCACUGACGUUGAUUGCCUUAUCAUCACUGUACUGUGACUGUUUCUUGACACAGCCACAUUUGAGCCGUAGAUUUGAGACAAUAAUGGUGUCAUGUGGUGGGACCUACAAUGUAUGGCCUGCACUUACUUUGUACCUUCACUAUAAAUUUGAAAGGGCCGGUGACCCAGUCUGUUUUAGCGUGA